UCAUCAGUACAGUAACAACACGGACUUCAUUCACCUAAACACCGGUCGUCAUGCUUCAAGGAUGCGUCGGAACAUCCUCUGUUACCCUGGCAGGAGAGUUGGUCCACUUUCUACCGCCCUCCUGUGAACUUUCCACGGCCACAGCAGAACGCAGCGGCUAUGGACGGAUACCGGUGCCCCUGUGCGGCAUGCAAAUACGUACUCUGACGUCGGCGAUCAUGUGGCUUUUGGCGUAGAUCCUCCUUGUGAUCGCCAAUUUUUCUCUCUGCUGUUGCCUGUUGUCUGCCUAGCUACUGGAGCUACAGUGUUUUGAACAGCUUUCGCGCAAUCAAUCGCUUUGGGAUUGUAAAGCACGAUACCCAAGCAUCGGGAGUGAACAGUGGACAGGUGUUGUCCUGUCAUGCAGUUUCACGAGGUCAUCCUACUGCAGAGGUGACGCUGUCAGCCAGACAAGCCCAGAACGUCACCCUCUAUUGCACCUUUCUCUGCUACUCUCUGUGCCCCAGGGGGCGGUGGCGCACCUAUUCUAAAAGUUUGACCCAUCCCAAUACACGGUUCUCCGAGCUAAUGCAUUCUGCCUCUCUUGGUUCCCAGUCGUAGUUUCAUUUACAGCAUAUCCGGUCAAGUAAAAGUGUAGCGAGCCGUCCUUCAUUAUUCAUCAUCAUGUCGAGCCGACGGAAGGCUUCCACCCCCUGUAUGAUCCGACCACAGGAGACCAUGUUGCCGCUGGAUGAUGAUGAGGAGACAACAGAGAACCUUACUGAGGAGGAUGCUAUGGAGACAGAUCCAUCUGGUGACCUCGACCUAACGGGGAAGACCUCUGACUCCCCAGCAGCACCUGACAUCCCAGUGUCCGAGUCAUCAGACACUUCCAAGUCUUCGCGUAAACAAGCAAGAGGCUAUGAGUGCAAAUACUGUUCCUUCUCCACUCAGAACCUCAACACAUUCAAAGAACACGUGGAUGCCAACCACCCCAAUGUCAUCCUCAACCCACUGUACCUGUGUGCUGUAUGUAACUUCAACACGAAAAAGUUUGACUCCCUGACAGAACACAAUGAGAGGAGUCAUCCCGGGGAGAGCAACUUUAAGUUCAAACGCAUCAAAAUGAACAAUCAGACAAUCUUGGAACAGACAAUAGAGGGCUGCAGCAGCAACGCAGUCAUUUACAAUAGUUCCAGUGUUACAUCUGGCAAAGCGGAGGGCCAGACCGCUGUUCCCCACAACAAAACCACCGCAGUCAAGAUGGGGAAACAAAAGGUCAUGUCUUCAGAUAAUAAACGGACGGAGCCUCAGUUGUGUAAACUGAACUCCGACUUGGCUAAGAAAGCAAUCACAGCACUCAAUGUCAACGGGACCGUAAUCAUCCCAGACUCGGCUCUUCUCAAAGCUGACGGCCUUUCUCACAUCAUGCCUUCCUUGCAGCGGCCUGUAAACUACACCCAGGUGCCGAAGAUCGCUAUUCCUCUCAACACAACCAAAUACAAUCCCUCUCUGGACGACAACCUGACCCUCAUCUCUUCCUUCAACAAGUUCCCCUACCCAACACAAGCUGAGCUCUCUUGGCUUACCGCAGUCUCCAAACAUCCAGAGGAGCAAAUUAAAGUUUGGUUUACCACCCAGAGGCUCAAACAGGGCAUUAGCUGGUCACCAGAAGAGGUGGAGGAAGCAAGAAAGAAGAUGUUCAAUGGUACAAUCUCCUCUGUGGCUCAGACCUUCACAGUUGUCACGCCUCAACUUACCACUCAGUCGUCCGCCAACACAGCACCAGUAACCACCGCAGUCUCCAAAUCCUUGCAGCCUACGGCCUCACUCCUCCAGUCCGUCCCUUGUCAUCUCCUGGGACAGACCAGUCUGGUGUUGACUCCCGUAGCCAAUGGCUCUACUGUUACAUGUGCACCGCUGGCACUCACGUUGGCUAACCAGGUUGCUCAGUCACUCAAACGACCCUUGGCCUCUCCCUCAACUGCCUCAGAGAGUAAAAGGCCUUCCAUCAUUCAAGCCAUAUCUGCGCCUAUCACCACAUCCAAACUCGCAUCACCCAAAGUGUUAAAUUUCACCGCGGACCCCAACAAAACAGCCGAGCAGCUAUCAGUGCUGCGGUCCAGCUACAUGCAGUGUCCUUUCCCUGAGGAAGAAGAGAUCUACAGGCUGAUAGAGACCACCGGGCUGUCCAGAGGGGAGAUUAAGAAGUGGUUCAGUGAACAAAGGCUCCUUAAUCUGAAAGGUGUUCCUCCGCCCCCAGUAUUGGUGAAAGCUGAAGUGACUCCAGUACUGAAAGAUGGACCUGUAAGGAAAGCGGUUCCAAGCCACUUCCCCCUGCUGGAGCGGGUGAAGGGCAAAACCUCUGAGCAACUCAAUGCACUCGAAGAGAGCUUCCAGAGAAGCAGCACUCCAACAGACACUGAGCUUGACCAACUGGCCCAGGAGACCAGGCUAUCCAAGACUGAAGUGGACUGCUGGUUUUCUGAGCGCAGGGCGCUAAGGGACAACAUGGAGAAAGCCUUGCUCAGCGUGACCCCGAAGAACACAGAUGACAAAGGCGACAGACCGGGCGUGUUGCUCAAUGGCUCUUCCCAUCGCGAGCAGGAUGGGAAAAUGCUCCAAUCGUCAGCUCUCCCACCCUUCCUCUCUUCUUCCUCAUCUUGCUCCCCUCCUGUGCUCGCAGCCUCCUCGCCUCAUCCCCCGACCUUGUCUGCCUCUGCAUCACCUCCAAUCCUUAAUUCGUCCUCCUCCUCGUCUUCUCCGCAUCCUCCCAUCCUCUCGCUGUCGACGAGCCCGGCUCCCAUCCCGAGUGGCUCACUCGCUCUGCUGCGUGAGAUGUUCUGCCGGACCCAGUGGCCAACACCCGAGGAGUACAGCCAACUGGAAGGGCAAACAAGCCUGGGCCGCACUGACAUUGUGCGCUGGUUUAAGGAACAUCGCUCAGCCUUGAAGAACGGUGAGACCAUGGCCUGGUUGGAAGCUUACCAGAGCCAAAAAGAACAACAGAAAUCUGGGCAAGAGCAAAAUGGAGACAGUUCUGACAAACCGCAACAAAGUGUAUCACCAGAAGGAAAAGUGGAGGAAGCUGGCGAGAAGAAAACAACAGCAGCAUCUAUGGAGAACUCCAAGCAGUCCAAUCCAGACACAGUACAAUGGUUGACUGAAAAACUUACUCACAGUGUGCCGGACCUCAGCCAGGCCAGGCUGGACCAAACCAGCUCUAGCAUUGCUGAAAAGGGGAGGUGGGUUCAGGUGACAGUAGCUGUGGGCGAAGAGAGCGAGGGAGGAUUACAAAGACAGAGACUGGCGGCAGAUACUGAUGUUUUGACGAUGGAGCAACCUGGGAGGGUUACUGGCUGAUGGUAACAUACAAGGGUCACGUACAAGCUGCCAAACGUGGAAACAGGGAUGUAUCUCCGUGUGGUCACCAAGCAGAUUGGACAUCUGCUCGCGUGUCAUGUGGCGCCGAUGCCCAUGUACUGUAAGGAGUGCCAAAGCUGGACUUCAUUAUUUUUGGGGUGUCAUGGUGGUGGAAAAAGUAUCUUUGUAAAUAUUUUUUCUGUAUUGCUAAAAAAAAAAAAAGUCUGUACAGUUUUUUUUCCUGAAAGGGCAUGUUUUGUUACUUUUUUAAAAAAUGUGUGCCCAGUACUUAGAAUGUUUGUGUUCUUUAAAGCUUGAAGUGUAAAAUAGCUGUUUAUUUGCUGAAAAUCAAGCCUAUUUUGGAGGAAAAUUGAAUCUGCUUUCUGCUCGGUAAGAGCUUUUUUUUUCUUUUUUUAUGGAACUAACUUGUACUGUAAGGCUUUCUUGUGCUCAGCGACUUCGUCUCCAGCUCGAAACCUCCUCUUGCAGCGUCAGCCCUUAAGUUCUCAGACUAUAUUCUUCAAGGAGAGGGAAUGGAUUGUGGGAGUACAAGCUUGGCCUCGCCUCGCCUCACUGCUGGAGACGGAGCCACGCGUUUGCCACAAAGAGCCACAUGUGCAGACCAAGACGAACUGCAUUAGGCCAAUGAAUGAUAGAAUGCACUAACUUGUAUCUUUUUGAAUCAGCUGUUGUGCUCCUGCAUCAGUACCUGAGGCAAUAACAGUGCAGAAUGUUUUUCUGUUUAAACACGUAGUCUGUCUGAUCGCACCAUGCUGCCUUUUCAGGUCUUUCCGCAUCAACUGAUGAUGGUUCAUUUCAAUGGAAAAACAAAUUCUUUUUGACUGAAAUUAGAAAGUUGGGGAGAUUCAUGAUUAAGUAUCGAAAGCAGUUUCAAGUAUGAAUCUUGUUCAGCCGUGAAUUGUGAACAUGUCUCGUCCGCUUUCGCCUUUCUGUGGUUUGUCUUCGCAAUGGACAGCGGGGAAGUUUAGUUUAAAACUCGUUGUCAGUGUACAGUUGGUUCAAACGGCGAUUUCUUUUAAAUGUACGAUCAAACCUGUGUUGGCUGCCUUAGAAUCAACAUUUUUGUUUCACUUCUCAAGAUUUAAAGGGACGUUUAUUGUUUUUGUCUGAUUGCAUCGUCAUGCAUCAUUUGUGCAAACGCUGCUAUAGAUUCAACUGUCACUUCUAUAUAAUGCUGGUUUGAAAAGCAGAAUGAACAUGUUUCCGCUGCUUACGUUUCAUGUUAAAGCGUCCGAGCGUAUUCUGGCUUCUGGUUGGCUUCUAAGAAAUACUGCCUGCAUUUUCAUUUUCUACUUUAAAUCUCCUCUAACCCAAUAAAUACGCAAGCUGUUCAAGCAAACAAGCUGUUUGAAAA